AAAGAGCCAAAGGGCUUUUUCUUCCAAUUCGUGAUCGGUGGCGAUCGUUUUCUCCAUGGAAAAUCUCAGUUUUCACGAUGGUAACAUCUUCAAUCUCCUCCACACAAGGUCCCAGGACCCAAGUCAUGAGGUUGAUCAAAGAAUGCAAUUACACUCUUCCUUGGUUCGGAGACUUUCUCAGGAGCAAGAAUUGGAGGGACAUCAAGGCUGUGUUAAUUCUCUAGCUUGGAACUCUAAUGGUUCACUGUUGAUAUCUGGAUCAGAUGAUUUAAGGAUCAAUAUUUGGAAUUACUCCAGUAGGACGCUUUUGCAUUCUAUAGAUACAGGGCAUACUGCCAACAUAUUCUGUACAAAGUUUGUUCCUGAAACUUCUGACGAGCUUGUGGUAUCUGGUGCUGGAGAUGCUGAGGUUAGGCUAUUCAAUCUAUCCCACUUAAGCGGUAGAGCAGAAGAUGACAAUGCGAUUGCUCCAUCAGCAUUGUACCAAUGUCACACACGAAGAGUGAAAAAACUAGCUGUCGAACCUGGUAACCCUAAUGUUGUAUGGAGUGCUAGUGAAGAUGGGACUUUAAGGCAGCAUGAUUUCCGAGAAUCUACCUCUUGUCCUCCUGCUGGAACUGCUCACCAAGAAUGCCGCAGUGUUCUGCUUGAUCUGCGCAGUGGUGCCAAAAGAGCACUAGCUGAUCCUCCUAAGCAAAUUCUCUCCCUGAAGUCUUGUGAUAUAAGUGCCACAAGACCACACCUACUUCUUGUUGGGGGAAGUGAUGCAUUUGCUCGUUUGUACGAUAGAAGGAUGCUACCACCAUUGACAUCAAGUCGGAAAAGGAUGCCUCCACCUCCAUGUGUCAAUUACUUCUGUCCCAUGCAUCUUUCUGACCGCGGGCGAACAAAUUUGCACCUAACACAUGUUACUUUCAGUCCUAAUGGUGAAGAAGUUUUGCUCAGUUACAGCGGGGAGCAUGUCUACCUGAUGAAUGUAAAUAAUGGCACUGGAAUCAUGCAAUACACACCAGGAGAUGUAGAUAACUUGUUUUCUUUCAGUAACAACCUCCACGAUGUAGAAUCUCCACCUCAGGUUUCCACCACUCCUCAAAACGGCUUUCACAGAAAUUGCAAUGCUGCAACGGUUAAGAAGUGUACCGAAUUGGUAGAAAUUGCUAAAAGGUCUUUAGAAGAGGGUACAGAUGUUUUCUAUGCAAUUGAGGCAGCUAAUGAAGUUCUGGAUGCUCAUUCUAAUGAUAUUGAGUCCGCGCUAAGGCAUGAAUGCCUUUGUACUCGUGCCGCUUUGUUGCUCAAGAGGAAGUGGAAGAAUGAUGCUCAUAUGGCCGUAAGAGAUUGCCGUAAUGCUCGGAAAAUUGAUGCUUCAUCUUUUAAAGCUCAUUACUACAUGUCUGAAGCGCUGCAGCAAUUAGGAAGAUGUAAAGAAGCUCUAGAUUUUGCGAAUGCUGCACAACAUUUGAACCCAUCAGAUGCCGAUAUAGUGGCAAAGGUGGAGAGCAUUAAAAGGGAUCUUCAAGCAGCUGGAUCUGACAAAAACGAAGAGACAGGAGCUGGAACUACUAGAGUACUUUCUUUAAGCGACAUACUAUAUAGAUCAGAGGCCAACAGUGACAGUUCACAUGAUAUGUCAAGAUCCGAAAGAGAAGAUUCUGAUUAUGACGAGGAAUUGGAGUUGGAUAUUCAAACUUCCUUGUCUGAUGAUGAAGGACGAGAUCCAGAGUCGAAUGCUAUGCGUGGCAGUCUCAACCUACGAAUUCAUAGAGUAGGUGAUGAUGAUAAACCGAUGGAAAAUACAGUUGAUAAUGCCUCCUCAGGAACUGCAUCGUCAUCUCAAAAUGAUAGAACGUCUUAUCAGCCAGAGGGAGCCAUUGAUAUGAAACGUAGAUAUGUUGGCCACUGUAACGUAGGAACUGAUAUCAAGCAGGCCAGUUUUCUUGGUCAGAGAGGUGAAUAUAUUGCAAGUGGAAGCGAUGACGGCCGGUGGUUUAUAUGGGAGAAACAGACGGGAAGGCUUAUGAAAGUGCUUGUUGGCGAUGAAGCAGUUUUGAACUGCAUUCAAUGCCAUCCGUUUGAUAGUGUUGUAGCAACGAGUGGAAUUGAUAACACAAUAAAGAUAUGGGGCCCAACCGCAUCAGUCCCAUCGAUUGUAGCUGGAGGAUCAGCUGGACCUGCAAACGCCAAUGUAGUGGAAGUAAUGGAGAGUAAUCAACAGAAGCUAAGCCGAAAUCGAGAGAAUCCUCUAUCUGUGGAGCUUAUGCAAAGGUUUAGGAUGCAAGAGUUUGCAGAAGGAAACUUUCACCCAUUUGAAUGUACUCAGAGCUAAAGCAGGUGGAGGAAACUGUAUAGGUAAAAUAAGUUUGCUUUGUGAAGGUGAUGGUGGAAUAACAAUGGCUUUGAAAAUGAAUAAUGAACAAUAAGGUUUGAU